GCUAGGCGGCGCUGCUAGACCGUGGCAUUCCUUCAGACAUGCGCGUGCCUACAUCCGGGUCCCGGCACGUACGCGGGAAAUGGCAGCUGAAUGGUAAACAAUCUUUAGGUAACUUGUGAUUAUUAUGAGACGACAACCCGCCUCUCCUGCGUACAACACACGGGAGCAGUCGUCACGGGAACAGUCGUCAAGGCAACGGGGCGCGCGCAAACGCACCCGCAGCAGCCAGGAGUCAGAUUCGGACAGUGAUUCGGAGUCGUCUUUAUCCGAGUCGAGCAACACCCCCCCAGAACCGAGUGGUAUCUUCUCCUCCAUCAAGAGCCUCAUCUGGAGCACACCCAAGAUGGGUGAUGCGAGCUCCCCGCCGAGAAAGCGUCGUAAGGAAGUCGUGGACGCCGACAGCACGAUUAUUUCCUCCACUCCGGUCGGCGGGGUCAAAACUCGUGCCGGGAAACAAGCCAAGAGGGGAAAGGUCGCGAAGAAGGGCAGAGGUCGGCCCCAGAGAAACGUAGCAGCCAAGUCGGCAGCGGCAGAUUCGGAGGCGGAAGGGGAAACCUCGGAAGCUAAGGGUAAAGAAGUUGUGACCAGAGCCCAGACCCGAGCGAACCCAGACGCCAGUCCGAAGAGAACAACUCUACUGGGGACUCUUUUCUCACCUGUCUUCUCAUUCUUUGGGCAAAACAGUGCAAAUAAGGAGAACACAGACGAGGCAAACAAGGCCGAGCUGGACCAGGUCGCAGAGGUCGUCUCCACGACAACUGACGAUGACCCCCAGGAGGGGUCAACUGGAGCAGUUGGUUACCAGGAGGAGAAUCAGCCAUGCGAGGUUCCCGCGCCCAUCUGCCCGCAGACGGAGGAGCGGUACCAGUACGUGUCUCCCGAGGAGGGCGCAGAUUACGUCAUGGAUGAUGAGUGGGAGACUUUCGACCCGUACUACUUCAUCAAACACCUGCCCCCGCUGACAGAGGAGAUGAGACAGAGACAGCCGGCGCUGCCGCUCAAGACUCGCAGCACGCCGGAGUUCUCUCUCGUGCUUGAUCUGGAUGAGACUCUUGUCCACUGCAGUCUGAAUGAGCUGGAGGAUGCAAACCUCACGUUUCCUGUGCUCUUCCAGGAUGUCACAUACCAGGUGUAUGUGAGAACACGACCGUACUACCGGGAAUUUCUGGAGAGAAUGUCCAAGUUAUACGAGAUCAUCCUGUUCACUGCUUCCAAGAAGGUUUAUGCAGACAAACUCAUGAACAUCCUAGAUCCCAGAAAGGAGCUAGUUAGGCAUCGGUUAUUCCGUGAGCACUGUGUUUGUGUACAAGGCAACUACAUCAAGGACCUGACAAUACUGGGACGAGAUCUCACCAAAACUAUCAUCAUAGACAACUCACCACAGGCUUUUGGCUAUCAGUUGGAUAAUGGGAUCCCGAUCGAGAGCUGGUUCAUGGAUAAGAAUGACGUGGAGCUGAAGAAACUGAUCCCCUUCCUCGAGACGGUCGCUAAGUCGGGGUCUGAUGUUCGCCCCGUGUUGCAAGGUAAAUACCGUCUGCACGAGUUCCUGCCUCCAGACUAAAGCUGGCAUCACGUUCCGCACGCACAGAUUCCAACCGUGACAACCUACGCUCGGCACAUCUGCAACAUCCACCCUGUCCACCCCUAUAACAGAGUCCAACAUUCCGCAGUUCCAUAUGUGUCUGUUGGAUACUGGACUGUUGCAUUUUGAAAUAGGGGUGUGUGGAUACAAAGAACUAAUGAAUAGUGCAGCAUUUUUGGUAGGAAAAGGCAGCAAUAUGUUUAUUGUAAGCUGUAUAAGGAUUGUUUUUCUUUCCUCUUAAAGCAACGUCAUGCUAACUGAGGGAGCUGACUUUUUUCGCUGCCCGCUUUUUCACUUUUUUCAACUCCACUGUUUUCAGAUGGC